CCUUUCUUCCUCCCAUUGAUCACAUCAUCACAAACCUAUACUCUCUCUCUCUCAUGGCUCCAAGCUUGAGCAAAGUUGCCCUAGUAGAACCAAUGGAGGUUGAGGAUGGUGAAGUACCCUUAUCAAUCACCCUGGAAGGAUCAAAUUUUUUUGCUAAUGGCCAUCCAAUUCUCACUCAAGUCCCUCCCAACAUUGUAGCCACACCCUCUCCAUUCAUCUCCAAAGACCCGACUCAAAACAUGGUCGGUUGCUUCGUCGGGUUCAACGCGGCCAAGCCGCAGAGUCGCCACGUGGCGGCCAUCGGCAAGCUCAGGGACAUCCGGUUCAUGAGCAUAUUCCGGUUCAAGGUCUGGUGGACCACCCUCUGGGUCGGGCGAAGCGGCAAAGACCUGGAAUAUGAGACCCAGAUGGUCCUGCUUGAUAAGUCCAGCUCCACCACCAUCUCGGGUCGAACCCGACCCUAUGUUUUGCUACUUCCAAUCGUUGAAGGACCUUUCAGGGCUUCACUCCAACCAGGGGAUGAUGAUGACAUGGACAUGUGCGUGGAGAGUGGGUCCACCAAAGUCCUUGGCGCCAGCUUCCGCAGCUGCAUGUACAUGCACGUAGGACACGACCCAUACCGAUUAAUCAAGGACGCCAUGAAGGUCCUAAGGGUUCAUUUAGGCACCUUCAAACUCCUCGAAGAAAAGUCCCUCCCAGGCAUAGUAGACAAGUUCGGUUGGUGCACAUGGGACGCAUUUUACCUUAAGGUACACCCUCAAGGCAUUUGGGAAGGUGUGAAAGGCCUAGUAGAGGGCGGGUGUCCUCCAGGUCUAGUCCUAAUCGACGAUGGUUGGCAGUCCAUCGCACACGAUGAGGACCCCAUCAGUGAUCAAGAAGGGAUGAAUCGGACGGCUGCUGGUGAACAAAUGCCAUGUAGGUUGAUCAAAUUUGAAGAGAAUUACAAGUUUAGGGACUAUGUGAGUCCUAGAGUGGGGUCCAAUAAGGGGAUGGGUGCCUUUGUGAAGGAUCUUAAAGGGGUGUUUGGGAGUGUGGAAUAUGUGUAUGUGUGGCAUGCACUUUGUGGGUAUUGGGGAGGGGUUAGGCCAGGUGUCCUAAAUAUGCCUGCGUGUAGGGUAGUGGAACCCAAGUUAUCCGAAGGGUUGGAGAUGACGAUGGAAGAUCUAGCGGUGGAUAAGAUUGUCAACAAUGGGGUUGGGUUCGUCCCGCCGGAGAUUGUUGAUCGCAUGUACGAGGGGCUUCACUCGCAUCUUGAGUCUGCCGGGAUUGAUGGUGUUAAGGUAGAUGUCAUACAUAUCCUGGAAAUGGUAGCUGAGGAAUAUGGUGGUAGGGUGGAGCUAGCAAAAGCUUAUUACAAGGCCUUAACUGAAUCAGUGAGGAAACAUUUCAAAGGGAAUGGUGUCAUUGCUAGCAUGGAACAUUGCAAUGACUUUAUGUACCUCGGCACCGAGGCCAUCUCUCUCGGACGUGUAGGUGAUGAUUUUUGGUGCAUUGAUCCAUCCGGUGAUCCGAACGGGACAUUUUGGCUGCAAGGUUGUCACAUGGUGCAUUGUGCCUACAAUAGCUUGUGGAUGGGAAAUUUCAUACACCCUGAUUGGGACAUGUUCCAAUCUACUCAUCCUUGUGCCGAGUUUCAUGCCGCGUCUCGAGCCAUUUCUGGUGGGCCCAUUUACAUAAGUGACUCGGUCGGGAAGCACGACUUCCGGCUGCUCAAGAGCCUGGUGUUGCCUGACGGGUCAAUCUUACGCUGCCAAUAUUAUGCACUUCCCACUAGAGAUUGCCUAUUUGAAGAUCCAUUACAUGACAGUAAAACCAUGCUCAAGAUUUGGAACCUCAACAAGUUCACAGGAGUUUUAGGAGUUUUCAACUGCCAAGGAGGAGGAUGGUGCCCAGAAUCCAGAAAAAACAAGUGCGCAAGCGAAUGUUCCCACACUGUGACCUGCUUGACCGGCCCUAAAGAUGUCGAAUGGGGCACUGGAAAAAACCCAAUCCCCAUUAAAGGAGUGGACACAUAUGUUGUCUACAUGUUUCAACAAAAGAAACUCAAGCUGAUGAAACCGUCCGAAGUCCUAGAAAUCUCCCUUAAGCCAUUCGACUACGAGCUUCUCACAAUCUCUCCAAUAAAGUUUUUACCAAGUAAAUCGAUUCAAUUUGCUCCGAUUGGAUUGGUGAACAUGCUCAACUCUAGUGGUGCAAUUGAUUUACUGGUCUACGAUGAUUUGGCUAAUUCAACAAGAGUUGGAAUAAAGGGUUCUGGGGAAAUGAAAGCCUUUGCAUCCGAAAAACCGUUAUCGUGCCACAUCAAUGGUGUCGAUGUUGAUUUUAGUUACGAUGAUCAUUUAGUCACGGUUCAAGUUCUGUGGCCUAAUUCUUCAGGAUUAUCGGUAAUUAAGUACUUGUUUUAACUCUUCAAGAUACUUAUCCAAAAAAAAACUCUUCAAGAUUAUCGGUAAUUAAGUACUUGUUUUGAAGUUUAAAGAAGUGUUUCCUCUCAUCCAAGAUAUGUAACCAAUCUUGGUGAAACUGGUAAAGCAUGUAGUGAAGUGUAUUUUACCUAAACACAAAAAAGAAAACUAUGUAUCCUGUUUUUCAGUUCAUCUGAAUCGUUGAAUUUCUUGAUAAUUUUUAUUUUUUA